AGCACAGAUAAGACCCACAGUCAGGUUACACCCGAGGGAACACGCUCAGAUGUAGCUGGAAAAAUGCUUGUUUUGCCGUAAGACCGAUGGUGGAUGUUACUUCACGGGAUGAGAUGUCACAAAUGAUGGCUACUGAAAACACAGACGAGGACAAUGUGUCCCUCAAGAGCAACGGGCAGACGGCGAGCAACGGAGGCAUGCUGCAGACGAUCAGAAACAGCUUCCGCCGGGCGUCGGAGAAGAGCCCGCUGUCGUCCGGAAGCAAGGGGUCAAAGGUCACGCCCGGCAAUGAUUCGGGGUUGCGACUGCCUCUGUCACCCAGUCUGAGUGCUGGCUCUCCGGCGACGUCCCCUCGCAGGACCAUCGGAGGCCUUUUCCACAAAAAAGAGGAAAAAGAGGAAGAAGAGGAAGAAGAGGCUAACGGCGCUCCGCAGAAAGGCAAAGGUCUGACACGCCCAAAGACAGAUCCCAACAUGUCCGGGUUCGGAGACUCUCUCAUGAAAAGAGGAGCAUCUAUACGUCGAAGCCUGAAAUUUGGCGGCAAGAAAGACAAAAGCGGCAGACAGGAGUUGCUGGUCCCCGUCUCCGAAGGCUCGGCAGAGGAGAGGAAGGAGGAAAAAGAGAUGGAUGAGGAGGAGGAGGAGGAGGCGGUGUGGGAGGAGAUGGACGAGUCGUACACGCUGCCAGAAAUACCAAACACACCACUGUCAGUGAUGCAGAUCAAUAAGCUGGUGGAGAUGGAGGUGCUGGAGGAGGCUCACCUGAACCUGCUCGCCCUGCGGCAGGAGUUCCAGCAGGAGUUGGAACAGUGCGGCGAGGACUCGUCCAUAGAGCUGUCCAAGAAGGAGAAAGACCUCAACCUCCUCUAUGGAGACCUGAGGAAAAAAGUCAACACCAUCGUGCGCGACUCCAACUCUCUUCCCUCCAGAAACAAGAUGCUGCUGGUCUUCGUGGCCCGCAUCAUCCAAGAGGAGGAGAGGAGAGCGGGGACACCCAGCGGGCUCCAGGACAGCUGGAUGGAGGCGUGGAGGGAGGCGGUGGGCGAGGGUGUGCAGGUGAAGGUGGAGAACGUUCACCUGGAGCGGAUGGAGCAGAACGCCUCCUGGUUGGCAGCUCAUCUGGGGCUGCUGGGUAAAACCAUCGUGGAGGAUUUGGAGAGCGUGAAGAGGGAACUGCGGCGGUCGUACCCGCCCAGCUUUAAAGUCUUCAGCACCUACGUGAGGAGCUACCACAGAGUCGUCGGGCAGCACCUGAAGAAGCUGGAGCUGCAGGUGACGGAGCUGAAGGACUUUUACUCUCUGCUGGACUGGAUCAUCAACCGCUACAAGAGCGAGAGGAUCAUGGGAAGUCUCUCCCUGCAGCCGGACAUGAAGGACGAGAGCGCUGACCUGCAGCUGGAGGGCGACCACCUGAACACGCUGAAAGACAAGUACUGCUGCAGAGUGAAGGAGGAAAUUAAGUCUGCACUGAAAAGAAUCAUUGAUCUUGAAAAUGAGGAAGUUUGGACGGACAGCAAGACUGCGGAGAAGGACGAUGGUUUCCUGGACUGUCAGUUUCACAUGGACAUCUGGACGAUAGUGAAGGGGAAAGUUUCAAACUCUUCUCGUAUUGAUGCUCAGCUGGAACAGAAAGUGAUCACUUCCUGCCUCCAAGAGUUGAAAGAGUUCCCCAAGAGCUUCGAGGCGGAGUUCAAGCGUCACUGCAGCGCUCUCAGACCGCAGCCUCUCUGGACCGAGUAUCACAUUACAUACAUCAACUGCUUCACUGCUUUACAGCAGCACAUGGAGGGGUACAGGGACGCCUGUCCUGCCGAGGUGGAGGCGUUCAGCAAGGAGACAAAGGGGCUGAUCUUCAGGCUCAUGGACCUGCUGGAGGACCAGUUCAAAGAGGAAGUCAAGCCGUACUUGAGGAGAAUGAUGACGAGGAAGUGGCUCACCACUGACGAAGACUUUAAACAGCUUUACAGCCGGACGGAUUUGCUCUCUCAGCACUGUGCCCUCCUGAGGCCCCCGCAUGUGCAGGAGUUGGCGAGCCGGCUGCACUUCCACGUGACGAGGGAAUACGUCGGUCAGCUGAUGAAAAAUAACUACUCGUGCAAGAACCGGAAACACGAGAAGGCGGCGAGCAAGAUCCGCGAGCAGUGUGGAGAACUCAGAGAUCUGUUUUUACAGGACAUGAAGUCGACUCACGAGUGGCUCUACGCUGUCGGAGACGACCUGAGCGACGUCAUCCAACAGAAGAACAAGACGGACAUAAAGAACCAUCUGCAGCCGUUAGUGGAGCACUACCCCGACUUCAGCAGGAAACACCUGGUUGCUAUUCUGAACUUCAGAGGUCUGCUGAGAGGCCGAGAACACCAGCUGAUCCUCCAGCGGCUCACGGAGCUGAAGAAGAAACAGGGCAGCAGUGACGGCGUCGACAAGAGCCAAGUUUUAUUUCAUGACAUGCAGGUCACCGUCAACACAGACUGCCUCUCCAAUCUGCCUUUCUCCUGCCUCAGCUUCCUGCUGCCAGACAACUAGCGCUGCAAGUAGGACGAGUCGCUGGAGGAGAAAGAAAGUGCACCUUUAGUACAGAAUCAGGUAGACAUGUGUCAUCAGUACACUGAACCUGUUACCUUCUAAAUGUUAUUUAUAAACCGAAACAACAACAAUGGACAUCAUGUAAGAUCCACUGGUACGGACAGAUUUGAUUGUGCAAAGUGUCGCGAUGAACGAUUGAACGUAGCUUACAGACUAAACAAGCACAAGACUUUUAUCUGAAUGAAUUUAGAGUUUAAAUAAUAAAGUAAAAUAAAUAACAAACUUAAUGUAACAUUAUUAACGUAUUCAUCGUUCCAUUAACAUUCUUGUGUGAGGCUCAUUGACUUUCCUGCUAACAAGUAUUGUGUGUUUAUGAGCCUCAUACAUUAUCUUCCUACUCACUAGAGCACCAAAUUCAUCCGCCGCUGAAAAUAGUUCCCAACAAAAGCACUAUUUCCUCCUUUUUGUAUGAUAUUAACGACAGUGACAAGCUUCUUUAGUGUUUUAAAUUAUAUAUAUAUAUAUGUAUAUACACCAAAUAAAGUUUAAAUUAAAUAAAAAAUAAUCUAAUAAGAUAAGUGCACUGGUUGUACACACAUAACUCAUACAGAGGCCUAACAGAUGAGAGGAAAAUGAGAUGUUUCCUCCAACACACUGAGAGAUGACACAUUUGUUUCUACUUAGGAAAUGUGACGCGUGCGGUGAAGAGGAACGGCAGAAUGUUUUCUGGGAAAGAAAACAUUCUGCCAACUGAUCUGGAUACAUUUAGUUCAACAAAGAUUGUGAAACUCUUACGUGUGGAUGACAUUCACAUGAAACAAAUAAAAAGCAGGUUUCCCAACAGUUGGAUUAUUCUCGUGUUAGAUACAUACACUUUGACGUCUGUGUGACUUUAAUUUGAGCUUUUAAUGUCAGAACGUGUAAGAAACUCUUUACAUGUGAACGUGUCAUGUGCUGCUGAGCAGGGAACUGAAUCUACUGGACUGUGUACGAGACAUUUAUCAUGUGUGAGCGCUCCAAACUCACUUCAGACUUAAAUUUGAGGGUUUUUAUUCAGUGAAAUGUGUUUUUCUGUCAAAUCUCUGACGUCAGAUGAGCCUGUGUGUUCACAGCUCUGCACAUUUAAGCUUAAUGUGAUUCUCUUUGCACAUUUUAUGAACUCAUUUAAUCAUAAUUGUGUUUUCUUGUGUUUGUAAAUACUGUAUGUAUGUUUGGUUGUUAUCAGGAGAAGAGUGGUUUAAAUCAACGCUUUUAAACUGUUUCUGACUUUGUUUGUGUUUCGGUAGCAAAAGUUCUCAUGAAUCCUGAUAAUUAUAUGAAUUUAAAUAUGAAAUUCUCGUGUGUUAGAUUUCCACGUCAGUGCAAAGGGAUUACAGAGGAAUAAAACUGUAUUUUUUUAAUAAAACAUAUGAAACUGA